AUGAAAGUUCUCGUCUGUUGCACCAUAGGUACCCUCAUUAUGGGUGGUGCGGCUCUGUCGCUGGCCUUACAGCCACUCUACACAAACACAACCCUUCCAGCCUUACCAUCAUCAUCAUCAUCUUCUUCUCUCAUUGAAGUGAGCCAGAGAUCCAUUGUUGACGACGCUUCCUCUGACCUCUCAUACUCUUACCAAAGUACCUUGCUGGCAAGUGCUUUUACUGAGACUUCAAAUACUUUAUUAUCAGAAGAAUCUCUCAUAAAUGUUUCAUAUGUCGAUACAAACACCCCCAACUUCUCUACAGACACUUCCACUCAAACCCAAGCUUCCCCAACCCUUUCAACUGAAUCUGCAACCCCAUGCAUCUCAGUCGACCCAUCCCAAGUCUCUACUAAAGGCUGCGGUGUUUCAUGUCCUUCUGCACUCUAUGCUGUAGCCAUCAAUGGCAAUUCUUGCAGCAGCCUUUACAUCAACUUCCAAAACACUCUCAACUACUGUCUCAUGUGCGGUGCUGUUUAUGCUAGCUACGCUUCUUUCAUCGACUCCACAAGCCUUCAAAAAUACAUUGACUGUGGAAUCCAGCCUUCCUCCUACUGCUCCCUCCCUUCCCCUUCAUCAACAACUACAUCACAGGGCUUGGCCGGAUGGAUUUUCAGAAAAAACGCUGAUCUUGACGUAAACGAGCUCUUAUCGGAGCCCUUUGAACCUCAUUUGCUCAGUAUUAGCAGCAUUUCAACCUCUUCUUUUCAUCCUACGAUUUUACAAGGUCGUGCGGCUACUACUGUUUCUGCAACGGAUGUCUCAGAAACUUGGGGCUCGAGUGCCACCUGCACUCCAACACAUGUCUCCACGAGAUCGGCAAGCAUCUCAUCACCAUCAACUGCAACUUACUUUACCACUUUUCCAAACAUGUGGUUGCCGUCAAGUGAGAUCGGGGAACUUAAAUCUGAUAGUGGGCUUUAUGUCCGACCAUUGAGAUUCGUACGAAGGACUUAUACUAACAUGUCUUUGGAGGCCAACGAGAUUUCCGAAUCAGAUUCUGACUUAGAGUUUGUUGAACUAUCUGAGCUUUCUGAGUCUUUCUCACAUUUUUCUGAGUCGAUUGGCUUUUCAUCUGAUUUGUCCUCCUUCUCCGACCCAGAGGUUUUUGUUGAGGCUACAGAGACUUUCACAGUUUCAUGCUCUCUUUGCAAAACAACUACUGUGACCUUUUCGGGGUCCACUACCUACACAGUUUCUACUGGAACAACCACAACUACGGUUGUCGAACCUUGUCUGAGCACUUAUACAGUCAUUGAAACUCCGGUUUCGACGAACGGAGAAAGUAUUAUUUUUUCUACCACCACUUUAGGAAGCACUCUGUCGACCUCUGCUGAACCGCUUUUAGAGUCAAGCUCCCAAUUAACUGACUAUGAUUCUUUUUUAGAGUCUUUAGAGACCUCACAGUUUUCAGAGACUUUGGAGUCGUUUUUACAACAUUCUGGGUCCUUUUCUUUGAUCAACAAUGAAUUGACUUUUGAGUCUUCAUUUGAUUCUUUAUCUGAAUCUAUUUUGGAAUCAAAUGAUCUUUCAAUUGUGUAUUCUUCUUCUUCUUUUUCAUCUAUAGAAUCUUCAGAGUCUUCAGAGUCUUCAGAAUCUUCAGAGUUUUCAGAGUCUUCAGAGUCUCUAGAGUCGUCAGGUUUCUCUGCUUUUGUGACUGGCUCAGACUUUUCUACUUUAUUCAUCGAUUCUAUUGAAUCUGUUUCUUCAAUUAACCCCACAGAUUCUUCAGAGUCUAAUUUCAUCUACUCGUUACCAUCCGACUCUUUAGAAACUUCUGAAUACCAUUCUUCAAUUUCUUUGUCUGCUACAGAUGAACUAGUCAACAUUUUUGUUCAAUCUUGUUUAGAAUGCAGAACAUCCACUUUCACUUCUACGAGCUCCACUACAAAAACCGUCACCACAGGGACUACAACCAUCACAGUUACUGAACCUUGUGAAAUUACUUUUACAGUAAUAGAGACUCCUGUAACUACUAGCGGAACUAGCACACUGUUUUUCACAACUACAUUGGAAACUUCUUCUUCUUUCUCUGAAUCUUUAACCGAGUUUUCGAGUAAAUCUUCUUUCUGGUCUUCUUUAGGGCUCUUGACAGAGUUUUUAUCUAAGUCCUCAUCCGAACUUUCUACUGAGUUUUCAGCAGAUUCUUUAGCAGAUUCUUCCUCAGAAUCAUUGGAAGGGAUUACAGUUGACUCUUCAAAGUCUUUAGAGUCUGCUCUUGUACCAACUGAAUCUGUUACCAAAAUUUCAGAAACUCUCUUUGGGUCUUUUUCUAGUCAUUCUCUUGAACCUCUAACCGAGUCUACUGAAUUUCCUUCCGAGAUUUCUUUGGAAUCAAAGUCAACUGAGUCAACUGAGUCUAAUGAGUCUACUGAGUCAACUGAGUCUACUGAGUCUACUGAGUCUACUGAGUCUACAAAAUAUACAGAGAUUUUAUCAGAAUUUUUAUAUGAAUCUUCAAAAUCUUUAGAAUCUUUUUCAGAGUUUUCAGACAGCUCUACAAACUUUUUUGAGUCUGGAAAGAUUUCUGCAGAAUCUUUUUCUUUAAUUGAAUAUUCUGUCGAGUCUUCUGUCGAGUCUUCUGUCGAGUCUUCUGUCGAGUCUUCUGUCGAGUCUUCUGUCGAGUCUUCUGUCGAGUCUUCUGUCGAGUCUUCUGUCAAGUCUUCUGUCGAGUCUUCUGUCGAGUCUUCUGUCGAGUCUUCUGUCGAAUCUUCUGUCGAAUCUUCAGUUGAGUCAUUAAGUACUUUUUCAACUACUCAAUUUCCCCUCAACUUGUUUGCAGUUUUAAAAGUCAGUCCGGCUUGCUCAGCUUGCAAAACAACAACUGUUACUUCUUCUGGUUCCACCACUAAAACCGUCACCACAGGCACGACAACAAUUACCAUUGUUGAACCAUGUGAAAACACAUUCACGGUCGUUGAGACCCCAGUAACCACAAGUGGAUCUAGCACUAUAUUUCAAACAAGUACUUUGUCUACUUUUAUUGAGGUUUUUUCGGGGGAUUUUUCCAUUGAUUCUUUUGCUGGAGAAUCUACACUACCGUAUUUAUACUCUUCGCAUGAAGCUUCCUCUUCAUUUUCUACAUACAUUUUGGAUUCUUCGGAUUCCACGGAAGCCACCACCACUUCCUUCUAUUUUCCCGAUUCUUUUGAGGUUUCUUCUUCAUACACUACCGAAUCCUCUUUGGUGCUUGCUUCCUUAUCUGACUUUCCUGAAUCAUUUCCCACCACAGAAUUUACUAAUUCGGCAGAUAUUAGUUUCUCAUCUGAGACCAUCAACACUUCUGCUUCGGUUCCAACAGAGUCUAAUGCAUUUGGCGAGACCAGUGUAUCGAUUUCCAGCACCAGUUCGGAUGAUUUAGUUGUUUCCUUUUUUGACUACAGCACUCAAACCUCACCCGAUUUUUUCAUUCAAACUGUUGAAGUAACUGAAUUUUGCACCGUCUGCAAAACACACAUUGUCACCUCUUCCGGGUCAACAACUUAUACUAUCACAACUGAUACUUCUACCACGACUAUUAUUGAACCGUGCGAAAGCACCUUUACUGUCGUUGAGACCCCUAUUGGUACAAGCGGAACCAGUACAAUUUUUUCAACACGAACCCUGUCAACUGAGCCUACGUCAAGCGCAUUUUUUGGAACAGUUGCGUCUAUUGGAUCUGCUUCCAUCAAACUUUCUGAAUCUUCAAAUGCUUAUUCUUCAUCCAGUUCUCUUGCGUCUUUCACACCUUCAUCUGUUGGAUCAUCUGCAUCUAUUAAAUUAAAUUCGUUACCUCCUGCGUCUGUUGUAAACCCCACGAACACGUCUCCUGCAUCUACCAAAACCGUGGAGUUUUUCCCUUCUUCAAGCACUUGGACAGGCUCCUGGGAAAGUACCAAGACUGUCAUAUCUACGAUCUUAGUUACAAGCGGUACCAACUCUGCGACUUCAACGUCGACGAUCCUCGUUACCUUAACCACCCCGGUGCCUUAUUCUCUCUUGCAGGAGUCAGCUGGUUGCACUAAGUGCAAGACAAGUGUUAUUAGUACGACUGGGAUCACGACUUUUACUAAAACUUCCGGCACAUUCACACUCACCGUUACUGAGUCAUGUGAGAGUGAAUUGACGAUAGUUGAAACCCCGGUUUCGGUUAGUGGAACAAGUACGAUUUUUUCCACCUUUACAUACUCAGCGCCUAUUCAUGAGAGCACCGGCACCGGCACCAGCACCGGCACCGGCACCGGCACCAGCACCAGCACUACCACAGCCCCUGAGUCUUUGACGUUGUGCACUGCUUGUUCAACAAAAGUUGUGACUACUACUAGUUUAACAACUUAUACUAGUACGAGUGGGACCACUACUGUGACUGUAACUGAGCCAUGUGAAGAAAUUUUGACAAUUGUCGAGACACCGGUUUACACUAGUAGUGGUAGCACUAUUUUCUCUACCACUACGGUUUCUUCGAUUCAAGCGGCCAAGAUAUCCAGUCUGGCGAAUCCCAAUAGCGUAUUCUCAACGACUACCCCGCUCUCUACUCCGGUUACGAGUAUAACCACUGGUGUGGUUCUGACUAGUGAGACAUGCAUAUCUUGCUCAACCGAGCAAAAGCCAAAUUUGUCUAGCAAGAGUGAAGUCACUGAGACAGUCACUGAGACCUGCAGCAGUUGCUUGACGCGCUUUGUGACAGUUUCAAGCACUACAACGUAUAUCACGACGAGCGGGACGCAUACAGUGACGGUGACGGAGCCUUGUGAGAGCGUGUUCACUGUUGUUGAGACACCUGUUACUAGCAGUGAACGGACCAGUAUUUUAACACGAACUAUUUUGUCAUCAUCGGCAAUAAUACCAAUCUUGCCAACAACAGCAACUCAUGCAAUUACCAGAUCGGUCAGUGUGCUGGGCAGCGCAAGCGCUUCGUUGUCUAAACUGGAGUCUGAGAUUGUUAGCUCACAUUCCACAUCCGGGCCUGGAGAUUCUGUGCAUUUUACAGAGACAAAGAUAAAGCAGACGGAGACGGAGACGUUUAAGGAAUGUAAGGAAUGCUUGACAGGAGUGAUGACAACUACUGGGGUAACAACCUACACCAAAACACGCGGGACAGAGACAAUAACAGUAACUGAGCCAUGUUCUGGAGUUGUGACAGUAGUAAGCGUACCGAUUUUGUCGAGUGGCUCGAAGGUAUAUUCGAUCUCGACGCUGGUGUCUGUUUCAAGCGUAGGGGCUUCGCUGUACCCUUCAACAUUGUCGGAGUUGCGCCCGACAGCAGUCUCAUCUUUAUUCUCUUCAACGGCGAGCCAAACGUGCACGACGUGCACCCAUGUGACGGUACCCAGCUCUUCAGGGGUUUCUGCAACAGCACAUGAAACUUUAACGGUGACGAAGCCCACGACCACUCACACGGUGACUGUGACCAGGUGGAGCAACAGUAAUGCAUCGGAGAAGUCAGAAAGUGACAGCAGUAGUUUUGACUGGGCGGUGUUGACAACAAGUGUAACUAAACAUUGCGCGGAGUGUAUUACGAGCCGCAUGACGGUAUCUAGUUUUAAGAUGUUUACAAGCACGAGCGGGUCUCAGACUUUAACCAUCACCACGCCCAGCGAGGUGGUUUUGACGGUUGUUAGCACACCAAUUACUGGGAAUCCCACGGCUACGACUACAGUCACGUCUAGUUUUGGUAGUUCCACUUCAGCCACUACCACUACCUCGAGCAGCUCUUUCACAAUUACAUUAUCAUCAUUCUCUUGGACUUCACCAAUUAUCAUUUCUUCUACAUCCACCAGGUCUUCACCUCUGUCCUCAGCACAUUCGGCCAUUGUCUCCACCCAGGUUCCUACAGUCACAGAGAGUUGCACGGGGUGCAUUUCCAGCCAUGUGACGGGGUCGAGUUUUUCCACUUUGACAAUGACGAGUGGGUCACAAGAUUUGACACUUUUUAACCCUAGUGAGAGUGUGUGGACGGAGGUUAGUAUUCCAGUUAAUCAUUCUUUUUCUUCUAAAGGUGUUACAAUUUACUCAGUGACGACUGAAGACCAUUCUGAGAAGUUUUCUUCUUCUAUACCCAUACUGCCAUCAUCUUCCAAUGGACAAUCGACUAGACCCUUUACUAUUUAUUCCGCAAUCACAAAUUCUGAAAGUUCUUCUUUUGUUGUUUCCACUGUGACUGAGCAUUGCACGGCUUGUAUAACAAGCCUUGCGACAGUAUCUAGCUGUUUUUCUACACUUACAACAACCAGUGGAUCCAAGACCGCGAUAAUUACUGAACCCUGCGAAAGUGUUUUGACUGUGGUUAAUACACCUAUUACUUCCAAUGACUACACUACUGUUUAUUCAGCAAUUACAGUUUCUGCAAGCAGCUCCUUGCCCAGAGAAUCAAAAAGUUUGUCGACUUCAGUUUCAACUUCUAAUACUAUUGAUGGCAAGCAUAGUAGUCCAAUUACUGAGAGCAGUGCAUCUAGUAUUUCUAUGGGCUCUUCAUUUUCCCGCAGUCACUCAACUUUCAUUGAAAGUUCUUCUUUUGUUUUCGUUGUCUCCACAACAUCCACGCCAGUAAUAACAAUAAGUCUAGUCUCCACAGAUGAUUGCACGGCUUGCAGCCAUGUGACGACAUCUGUGUCGAGCUCUUCUAUCAAAUUUACAACAACAACAUCAACAACAACCAGCGGAUCCCAGACUGAGACAAUUGCCCAGCCCAGUAAAACUUCAACGACGUUGGGGUUGACGGUAGACAGCACUGCAGCAGUUUCAAGUAAAUAUAGCAAUACUGUUUACUCGGCAACCGAAAGUUCUUUGACAGAGUUCUCGAGCCUCUUUUCAUUGUCAUCAUUGUCUCCUUCCAAGCCACUUAGUUUUCCAGUUAGCGGUAUUGUUAAUCAUUCUACCGAAAUUUCAGUUUCCACGGUGACAGCUAAGUGCACAGAUUGCAAUUCUGUAAUUGAGACAACGACAGCGACUUUGAUGAGAAAAGAGUCGAGUUUAUCUACCAUCAUUACGAAAACAGCAACAGCAACUAUGACGACGACGACGAUAAGUAGCUUCAAGAGUGAAAGAAUCAGCACCCCUAUAGAAACUGGAUGGAAUAUUUUCAAUGAUAAUGGAAGCAGUAGCAGUAGCAGUAGCAGUAGCAGUAGCAGCAGCAACAAACACUCGUGUACGAGCUGUGAUAUAAGUCUUGUGACAGGAUCUAGUUCUUUAUUGGGAUCUGAGCAACCAAGUAAGACUAUUACUAGUCUUUCUAGUACGGGUUUGACAGUUGCAAAUACUCCAAGUAUUACAAUUACUACUACUAGCAGUAGCAGUAGCAGUUUAGACCUUUCUCAUUUAUCAUUAAUCACUGGGACGAGUAGUUUGACUUCUUUGAGUAGCAUUGAUAACAUUAUCAGCACAACGUUAUCGCUGGAGGGUUUUUCAAGUCAAGUUGAUAGCGGGCCUUCUUCAUCGGUACCUGUUUUAGUUGAACAAACUAAUGGAGCUAAUUCUAUGGUUGUUAAAGGCGGGGGUAUUGGUAAAGUUUUAAUUUAUAGUACUGGAGUCAUUUUCUAUGUGGUUAUUGGCCUUUUUUAA